AUGGGAAAUAUUUGUAAUAGCGAAUAAACAGAUGAAAAGUUAAGUAAAUCCUUAAAAAAUACUUAUUAUUCAGAAAUUGAAGACUAACCAUAUGCUCCUAUCAAGCCAAUUGUAUUUAAGAGAAAAUAUUAUUAGAUUUAAAAUAAAAUUGAUAGAGAAAAUAAUUUGUAGAUUGGUGUUUGUUUUGAUAAAUCUGAAAUUGUAAACUAAGAAAUAUGCAUUUAACUUUGGGAUGGUUUAGUAGGGAAUCCAGACCGCCAAAUUUCAGGUGGUCCUGGUGAUUUAUAAAAAGCUUUAUAUGCAAUACAUAAAAACGAGCCUGAACGUUUUGCAGAAGUUUUAGAAUAUGCAGGAGGUGGAUAAAUAAGAUGGUUUGUUUGGAAAACUUUGUUAUAUAGUAACAUUAAACAAAAACACAAGGCAAUGAAAAUUAGAUAAACUGAAAGAUUAUCAAUAGUUGAAAGAGAUGUGAAAAGAACUUUUCCAAACCAUCCCUUUUUUUAAUUGGAAUCUUAAAGUUCCCAAUUAUUGAGUUAAUUGUUAAAUUUGGUUGGAGCAACUUUUAAGGGAAUAGGGUAUACUUAGGGAAUGAAUUUCAUCUUAGCAUUAAUGUUAAUGUAAUCAGGUGGAAAUAUUGAGGAAACUUGGUCUGCUUCUUUUCUGAUGUUUUAUUGCUCAAAAUGGAUGCUUUAUGCAAUUUAUAUGACUGAAUUUCCUUUAAUGAGACUAAUUUGUAGUGUAACUAAAGAGAUUCUUAAAGAAUAAGAUGUCCAAUUGUACAAUCAUUAUAUGAAGUUAGAUAUUGACGAUUCUUAUUUGUUAUGCAAAUGGAUAUUUACUUUAUAUUUGUACAAUAUCCCAAAAUAAGCUUGUCUUAAUUUUUGGGAUAUAAUUUUUUAGAAAGGCAUUUUCAUUAUGUCAUCUAUUAAUUGCUAAUUGCUAAUCUCAAUCAGAAGUUCAAUUUUAAGUUUCAAGAAUUCAACUCAAUUUUUGGAAUAUGCUCAAGAAUUGCAAUAGAACUCAAUAUGUUAAAACUACAAAAAUAUUAAAACUAAUGCCUUAAAGACAAUCCCAUAAAAAAAAACUAUUCUUCUUUGUGUUAAUUCUAUCAAAGAUUAAUAUGAAAAGAAUGUUCCAGCAUAGGAAUAUUUUUAAUUAUUAAUAGAUAAUUCAUAAAAAUCAGAUUUUGAAAAAAAAUACUAAAAUUGGAUGGAGAAUCACAUAUACCAUAAUUCAAAUUGA